GUGGGGCAUGAGCUGGGGCCUUAUGGGGCUUCCGGUGGUCGGACCAGAUUGAUCCGAUACGGUAGGCCCACUUCUAUACGGAGUUACAUAGUGUAGUGCCAAUCUUUUAACUAAGGUUCGACCCCUGGGCCCUGGGGCCUUGAACCGCCUAGAAGUCCACUAACUUUUUAGGGUAGGUAUUAAGACAUCCUAUCUCUUAUAAAUCUUGGAGGCCUAGGCAUAUACAUCAUAUUACACCUGAUACCAACGAUCACAGAAUCAUCAUACAUGAUGGCACCUUAAAAAUCUUAAUCAAACGUCGCCUUUGACUGGUAAUAUCCUUCUAUCGUGGGAGCUAUGAACGGCCUAUUCGCCCUGGGCUCCAACGGCUCUGGCCAACUUGGCAUAGGCCACAAAGAGGACGUCUCAGUGCCCAAGCAGGUCGAGUUUGAAGACGAGGAAGCUUUUUAUGAUGAAGUUGCACAAAUCAUAGCCGGGGGAAAUCACACCAUUAUUCUCACCAAGUCUCGAAAGGCAUACUGGGCUGGCGACCCAUCAACCGGUGCCUGCGGGGUCGUAGGAAAACCCGACGAAGAAGUGUCAAAAUUCCGCAAAGUAAUACUACCAGUUUCUCCACAGCCUCAGGGGCCUAUCUCCAAGGUAGCUUGUACAUGGGACUCGUCGGUUUUCGUGUUGGAGGAUGAGAACUACAACGCUACAAAACUGUAUGCGUGUGGGCCUGUGGCCACUGACUCCGGUUUAGUUGCCGAUUUUCCUCCGCCUGGAACAGAAGUUGUAUGUAUUUCUGCCGGGUUUCGUCACUUGGUUGCUGUAUUAGACAACGGGGACGUUUACGGUUGGGGCAAUGGCCGAAAGGGACAGCUAGGGGAUGUGAGCGAUGUAGCCGAUCCAAACGGCAUCAUAUCUCGCCCUCGGAGAAUCAGUGGGAUUUCUUUCAAGGUAGCCAAGGCUGUCUGCUGUCAAUAUACAACUUGUCUUAUUGGUGAACCUGGUGAUGGUCGCAUACUUGCUCUUGGAGCAGAUAAAUGGGGACUAAAGAGCACCGCGCCCACUGAGGUACCCAGCUGGAGCAUGAUAAGUGCAGGCUGGGGGUGCAUUUACAUCUUAAAACGAGACGGCACACUCGUCGCAUGGGGUCGGGAUGACCAUGGCCAGCUACCACCUCCUGGCCUUCCAGAAAUUGAGUGUAUCGUCGCCGGCAGCGAACAUAUCUUGGCUUUGACGAGGAACAGCGAAGUAGUUUCCUGGGGCUGGGGUGAGCAUGGAAAUUGUGGACCGCAAACCGAGAAAUUCGGGGAUGUCAAGGGGCGAUGGAACGUGCUCGCAUCAUUGAAGCACUUGUCAGAAGGGUCUAGAUUUACAGCUAUUGGGGCUGGAUGUGCUACAAGCUGGAUCAACAUUACAGCAGAUGGACUUUUCCUUUGAAGGCGCCGUAAUUCUUCUCCUAACCAUUUAACGGAGAAUGAUCACAACUUCCUAAUCUUGGAAGAGCCCAUAACUGCGGACCUCUGAGAGUCGUUGCGUCGGUUCAAAAUCGACUUCUGAGAAAAGGUCUGGAGACAAGGAAUGCUCACCAGAUCUCC